AUGGAUGAGUUUUCUCCUAGAAGAAGAGAUGUAAAGCAAGAAAAUGCAUUUUCUUCUUUAAAGCGGCUUAAGACUGACUUAAAUCUAUCAGAAAUCCUUGUUGUAUUUACCACUGCAUCGGGCCAGCUAUCCAUCCCUGGAAUGUAUGACCCAAUUUCAAUGACACUUCGGGCUUUGCUUCUGUGCGAGCUUGUUUUGCGUGGGGGAAUUACUAUAGAUUCAAGUGGAAUUAUUUCUGUGCGCGAUGGGUACAUGUUCAUAGAUGAGCUGCAUGAUGAGGUGUACCACAACAUCAAGAAAGCAGUGAAUCCUAAGCCGAUUAAAUCCUGGCUACUUCUUUUGAAUGGAGAGACAUACUCGAUUAAGAAAGACAAGUACCACAUACGAAACACAAGAAAAAGAGUAGGAAAGAGUUUAGUUGAAAAAAAAAUACUAAGAAAAGGCAAAAGUAAGACAAAAGCAUUUAUUAACUUAGUAACUAACCAGAAGUCGGCUGCUCCAACAGAGGACGUUUCUUUUAAAGGCGUUAAGUCGAAAAUUAUCCUUGAUUUAACUACGUAUCUAACUGGAGAGUGCACGUACGAAAAGUGUGAUGUUUUGAAAAUGGACAUUCUUGUCUGCGCACUAGUGUUUUGUGGUGUGAUAGAUGAUGUUUACUUGACACUUUCUAUGAGUGGGACAGAGAUGGCUCAGAAGAAAGUGUCAGAGAUUAUAACUAAAUACAAGUCUUCGCUGGGGAACACUGCAAAGCCUACUGAGUGGAGCAUAUACUCAAUACUACGGGCAUAUCUCAAACUUGCUCCGUGGGUGUAAAAUUGGUGCGGUGAGAUGCAAUUUAUGGUAUAGAGAUAGCACCAGGUUACAUCUGUUGGAUCUUUAGAUCUGUUCUAGAUAGGAAUAAUUUUCUCUCAACUGUUGCA